UUACUAUCAACUUUCAGUUAUUUUCUGUCAUCCAAAAGAAAAUCUAACAAUAGUUUUGAUCUUAAGAAACACUGCAAGAUGAGUUCAGCACACAGAGCUUGGAUUGUGGCAGCUAGUGUUGGAAUUGUUGAGGCCUUGAAGGACCAGGGCGUAUGCAGGUGGAACUACGCUUUAAGGUCUGCACAAAAACAUGUGAAAAACCAUGUUGGAUCGUUGUCACAGACAAAGAAGCUUUCCUCUUCUGCUAUGGUUUCUAGUUGUAGCAGACUAAAGGGUGAGAAGGUGAAGCAGUCAGAGGAGUCCUUAAGAACUGUUAUGUAUUUAAGUUGCUGGGGUCCUAACUAGAACAUUAAGGGUCGUAAGUAGAGAGAAACAUUUUGAUUUUUUUUUUUUUUAAGCUAGGCUACG